AUGCAGGAUAUUAUUGACCAUUUACCCAAAUUGCCUGAAAUCCAACAACAAAAGCUUACUAUUCCAGAAUUCGAUGAAAUAGAAGUCAAAGCAACUGACUCAGUAGAAAUAAAGAAGUUCAUACGAAAGGUUAACUAUGAGUUUCUUGGAUUUCAUUGCAACCACAAAGUCAUGGACAAAGAUUGCGAUAUGGUAUAUAAGAACAUCUCUGACAUAUACAAAUCUGGGGAGUUUAAGACCUACGACAACUUUGUUUCGUUAGUUGCUGAAUGUGUAUGGCAGAUAAGAGAUAAAGAUAGAAGAGGUAAGAUAUGGAAUGAACAGAUAAAACCCGCAACUUUUGAGUUAAAGAGAGCAAUUGACGCCUUAGUCAUACUAGCAGGUAAGGUUUCAGAAUAUAACGCAAAAAUGAACCCGCAAUGUUCAAAAUGUAAAGCAGCAAUGAGGAAAUAUAACUACUCCGUCAAAGAGAUAGAACGUAUGCGAAACGACUAUGCUGACUUAAAGAAAGAAGUAGAGAAACCAGCAGAAGAUAAAAUGGACAUGUUGACAUUUCUGAACAAAAACUAUCCAACAGCUGACGAUUUCCUUCUAUCUGACGUCAAGAAGAAAUAUAAAGAAACUUUCGGCAUUGUGAAAACAUUCGAUGUACUGACAGAAGAAAUAGAAGCUACAAAACUGUUUAGAAUUUCACGAAUUCACAAUGUUUACCAUGUAAAACGCUUAUAA